UUUACCAUGUAGAGAUCCCUGUUAUUUUAGGCUGUCUUUCUGUCCAGUUUAGAUUUAUUUCCAGAUUUAAAACAAUGUCCGAGCAUGAAGCUAGUUUAUCGUGUUCUUCGCAGUGUGCGGAAACACAACAUAACAAAAAUACAGGUGAUAUCAAUCCAGAAACAGUUCAAAUCACUAACACCAAUAAUUCUCAGGUUGAUCAAGAGUCUCAGAGAGACAGUGAUCUCCUUAAAAGCUUGCUGACAGACAACUUCUGUUAUAUUUGUGAGGCAUCCCUACUUUACGAGUCCCAAAGAGUUUCUCAUUAUGAGGGUAAAAAGCAUGCCCAAAAAGUCAGGCUGUACCUGCAGAACAAGAAAGCUGAAAGUAACAAACAGACCCAGGAAUGCGGAGGCUUUGUGAGAGGUCUCUCUGCAGACCCAGACAAGUUCUGUGAGCUGUGUAACAUGGUGUUCAGCUCACAUACUGUUGCCAAGUCUCACUACGUGGGCAAAGUUCAUGCCAAGAACUUGAGAAAAACCAACCCUCCACAAAUUAUAGUUUCUACGCCAAAUUUAGAAUCGGCAACUCCUGUUGUCCAACCAGCAGAGGUUGCUGUGCCGAUUCAGAUAGUUCAGGAGCAGAAGGAGAGCUCUGGUGUGGGCGAUCAGGAGGUUGACUUCAAUGAUCCCAACAAAUACUGUUCGCUGUGCAGUGCUUCGUUCAACAACCCUGUUGUUGCUCAGCAGCACUACAGUGGCCGGAAGCAUCAGCGAAACCAGGCCCGACAACAAAUGCUGGACCAGAUUGGAGAUCAGUCAGAGCAUGUAAGCUCCCUGACUUGUCCGAUUUGCUGUCUGACCCUCAGUUCAGUAGAGAUGUACAAGGCACACAUGCAGGGAAACAAGCACCAAAUGAAAGAGAAAAAGGUAAUGGAGCUGUGUAAAUCUCAGAAGAAAGUGUACGACUCCUACCAGGAUGAGCUGGCUGACUACAUCCAGGUGCAGAAGGCACGAGGCCUGGAUCCUAAGGCAGGGCUUAGCACUGUGGGACAAGCAAGCAAGGAUCUGGACGAUACUGUAAAUGAAAGUCCACAGACAGAAGAAUUGAUGCCUCACCCUGCCCCUAUUCUGCCUCUUCUUCCUGGUUUCCAUCAGCCUCACUGGCCUCCACAAUUCCAGUCUCAAGUCAAUCAUUUUGGCUUUGGUAUGAGAGGGCCUGUACCACACUAUCAGCCUGGAUAUAUGCCCCUCCCACCACCUCAUUUCAUACCUGGCCAGUUAUAUAAAAGAGGGCAGGGCCCUGACUCAUGUAGCUCCUCCUCUUACUCAGACUCCUCCUAUACCAGCAGCAGUGGUAGUGAUAGCAGCAGCAGUAGUUAUGACAGCAGAGAGAGGAGGAAAACAAUGAGGAAAAUGAGGAAGCGAGGGAUAAAAAGGAGAGACCAAGAGGACGAGUCUGAUAUGAACAGGAGAGGAAGAGAGAGAGAGGAAAAGAAAAAGAGCUUGAAAGGGGAGAGAAAAGAAAGUGUAGAGGGCGAAGAGGAUAGAGAGACCAGGAAGUGCAAGAAAAGUAGAAAAAGGGAGAGAAGUUUGAGUGAAGACGAAGAGAGCCGAAGUAGAAGACGACAGAGCAAGAGAAGUAAGAGACAUGGGGACGGACAGCAUGCGAAGAGACAAAAAGAGGCGGAGCUUAUAGAAAAAGAACAUGUGGAACAUGCUGAGGAAAAGACAGAAGCAAAAGAUGGCAAACAAAAGCAAAAAAAAGACAAGAAGAAAGGAAAAGAGAAGGUGAACCAAGAGGACAACAGGACAGAGGAAGAAAGACUCUGGGAUGAGACUAUUCUUGGUAUUUUUUAAAGGCUGAUGGUUUGAAAGUACUGUUCAAAUAAAACUGCACAGGACCUCAGAAGAGAGGUUUGCUAAAAUCUAUUGGACUCAUCUCACUUACGUUUCAUACAGUAACUCUUAUAUGCUACUUCAGACUUUUAAGAUGUAUCUAGAGCUGCACUUCUCUUUUGGAGAAAUCAGUGGGUGAACCUCACGAAACUUAUCAAAUACAAGACUGAGGUCAUGUUUCACCCCAAAAUCAAAAGGAAAGAAUACAUUUUGUGUUUUUAGAACCAUUAAGACAUUAUUUUAAUAACAAUUAAGCACGUUUUCCCCUUUGUUCUCAUUUCCGUAAUGAAAAAAAAUUUAAGUAUUUAAGUAAAAUAAUUGGAAUAAUUGUCAUUAAAAUAAUGUCAUUAAAAUCUAUUAGGUCUAAUUGUCUCAUAAUUUCUUAAUUUUUAUUUCUUUUGAUUUGUGAGUACAAUGUGACGAGCAUGCUUUCAGGAAAGUGAAUAGCUUCAUACCCUUCACUGUCAGAGAAACAAAUGCACAAAAAUUGUACCUUUAGGGGUACAACAGCAGGAAAGUGAAUAGCUUCAUACCCUUCACUGUCAGAGAAACAAAUGCACAAAAAUUUUACCUUUAGGGGUACAACAGCUUGUCACUGUGGCUGAAACCUAAUAGGUACACGCACUGUACUCUUUGCACGUCAGUUAGAAUGCAUUUGUAAAUUAUCUGUCCUGUGGAUGUUACUUUGAGGGUACUGCCCCAGUGACAAGCUGUUAAGCUGUGACAAGCUGUUAAUAUAUACAAAACAUACUACAUACAAUAAAUCCUUUUGCACAAAUUCAUUUGUCAACAUGCUUUAUGCUUAGAUUAAAUAAACCCCUCCCACUGAUUAUUCCUGCAAAGAUUUAAGUAUUUAUUAUAAAGCAGUGGUUUUCAUGAAUUUGUGGAGCAAUUCCACGUGAGGUCUUAAGGGGGCGCACUAACUUCACUGACUGCUAUACUUUGUUAUAGAUGCUUUUGUGUGUGUGUGUGAAACAGUAACCCAACA